CCCCAACACAUGCCUGGUCAAUGUAACCUACUUUAAAAGUCUGGUUAUAUAAUAUGUACGUUUUGUUGUUGUGUGUUUUCAGAGUUAAUUUGUGAGGUUGAGAUAAUUGUUUUAUCGAAAUGUAGGGUCCAAAGCGUUAUAAACAUUUGAAAGAGGAACAUUAAUGAUUUUUUUUUUAAUUGUUGAUUUAUGAGUGUUUAUUAUAUUUUAUAAAAGAUGGAGAACCAUUGUUUAUCAUUAUUAACAUCUCAUUUCCUAUGAAUUAUCUUCUAAGAUUUUUAUAUAAUGUCAUCUACAUCGAAGUAUCCUUCAAAAAAAUCAAAAGUUGAUGAAGGCUUGCAGGAGUCUAUUACAUUUGUCAAAACAUAUAUACUUACUCUUUCUGAUGAUGUUCUGUUGAUAAUUUGUUCUUAUUUAGAUCCAUUAGCUUUGUUGUCUCUUUCACAAACUUGUAGUCGACUGCAUAGAGUUUGUGCUGACAAGACUCUCUGGAAACAGGUUGAUGCUAGACAACAUGCAUUGACCAUAAAUUCUCUGAAGAAAUUCACUUAUUAUAUUCAAUCAAAUACUACCUUCUUAGCCAUUAAAGGUCCAGUGGAUACAUGUCAUAGUAAUUCAAAUGAUUCAAUUUCUAAAUGGUUUUUAAAUGUUAUUACAAAACAUGCACCACAACUGAGUUGUCUCAUCUUGGAAAACCAUGUCAUUGAUAGUGUCAAAGUUACUUUAGAGGAUUUUCCACCUUCCAUAGAACAUUUGGAAAUUCGAAAUUGUAUUAUGAAGAAUUUGUCUCUAAGGAGAUCUUAUUUCUAUAGAAUGGAAAAAACUCUGCCCAAGUUAAAGAAACUUGACUUGUCCUGCAACAGAUGGUUUGUACCUCACUCAUUGCUUGCCCUGAGCAAAAGUGAAACUUUGGAAACACUCAUCUUAGCUGGAUGUGAUGUUAGUGACUGUCUUCCAUAUGCUAGUCUUGCAGCUAAUUUUGGUUUCAGUGCGCUGCAACUUCUUGAUUUGAGAAAAACUUGUGUCAGUGAUAUUGAAUUAACUUGCUUCAAUCGAACUGCUACUUUACGUCAUCUUUAUCUUUGUGCCUCAGAACCAGAGUUAGCUGAAGCACAAGUUACUGAUUUUAGCAUUACCACUUUUGGUGGAGGUUCAAGGGAUGGUCAAGGGCCCUUGAACAUGGAGGAAGGCAUCAUUAUUAUUCAAGUUGGUUCUUAUCCACGCCCUGUAUGUAAACUUGAAACUCUAGUCGUAAAAAAUUAUCCUGGGAUUACUGAUGUUACGCUGAGACAUGCUGCUUCAUCUAUGAAACACCUUAAGUAUUUAGACGUUACAGGAACAGGUUGCUCUGAAGCUGGUAUCCUAGAUUUUAAAAAGAAUAGACCUGAUGUUCAGAUUGUUCCUGAUAUAAUAGCUGGUGAACAUAUCAAUAAUAGUUAAAAAAUUAUGUAAUAUAAAAUUUGUUUUUUAAUUUUGUUUAUGGAAUCUCCAAUUAAUUUAUUACUUUAUUUAAUAUAUUUUAUCUAAGUAUAGGAUCCAUUAUGUUUCUAUAAUGUAAGGUAUUAUGAUUUUGGUGAUAUAAUUAGUAAUGAAGUUUGUAAAAAAAAAAUUGAAUUCAUGUAGUUACUACCAAGUACCAUGUAUCAUUUUGUAUAUUAUAGAUAAAUAUUAGCUUAAGUUGUAAAAAAAAUAUUCUUAUUAAAUUAAAUUAAUCCUUGGAGAUAACAAAGGGUAGAAAACCCAGCAAUAAAAAAUAAUCCUUUGAUACAUUGCACUAUUUAUUUAUUUUUAUUAAAUAUAAUUAAAAUUAUUUUCAAUAAUUUUAAUUAUUGCCUUUUCUUACCCAUCAAAGCAUUUUUUUUCUUCAUUUUUUUAUUGCUUUUUAUUAAAAUAUGUUAAUCAAAGUAAAAAUAAUGUUCUUUAUCUUGUAAUGCAAACAGGACAGGAAGUGUAGUUUACAUGACACCAAGAUUUUAGAUUGGAACAUUUGAAAUGUCAGUUCUACAGAUAUGAGACUCAUUUGAAAUCAAACUAUAACAAUAUCAUUUUUGUACUACAUAACUUUUGUUGGUUUCGAUACAUUUCACUUAAUGCUGAAAAAUAUUGUUUAUUCCUUGUUCAAUGUAAGAUUUGGCCAGUGAAUCAAUAGAUUUGAAAAAUGAAGACUAUUUUCCUAAUUUUCAUUUUGGAAUAUUGAACCCAAUAAGGUCUCUGAAAAAUUGGUAGUUAGGUGAAUAAGAUAAAUGUUGUAGAGCUUCUUUGCUCACAUCAUUUAUUUUUUUGUUUUUUUAAUUUAACUGACAAAAAUGUUAUAUUUUACAUGAGCUGAAAAUUAAAGUUCCAAUUCAUCCACCGUAUUCACCUGAAUUGUCUUAUACCAUUUUUUAAUAGUAUUUGAGGGAUUUAAAAAAUAAAAUAAGAUAUUCCAAAAUAAAAAACAAUGUAAAAAUUUUAUUUUUCGAGUUAUAAAUUCAAAGCCAGAAGGUUUUUUCUAACAAAAGUCUAUACAUUUAAAGCCAAUAAGUUUCUUCCAAAAAAUGUAUUGAAGCAAGGAAAAGCAUUUUGAAUAAAAAUAACAUUAUUAAAGUUUGUUUUGUUUUAUUUUACUUUUCCCU